AAAGUAAUAUUGAGAUCUUUGGAGAGAGUAUUUCUUUUAAUUGACUUUCGUUUAAUCUGACAAUAUCCAGCUGAAAUUAAAAGCAUACUUGCUGAGAAAUCCACAAGAUUCAAAAAAAUUCACACAAUUUGAAUUUGUGAAUUUCAAGGGCAAAUCCAUUUCAGCUGGUUAAAUCCUUUCCAAAGAUAAAAAGUUGCAGAUCAGUGUCACACAAGACAAAGUUUAGAUUAAUAUUUCAGAGGCUGGCUGAUGUCACCAUUCCCUGUGAAGCAUAUAUAAGGCCGUGUUGGUGGGACAUUCUUCGCAAAUAUAUCUCUCCACACUCUCCUCUGAGAAACACUCUUCUGGCUUAUAUUUCACACCAUGGUCAGCGUCCGGACCCUCCUCUUCCUUCUGACGGCCACCUGCUGCGCCUACCUGCGGGCAUCCCGAGCCGAGGAGUCCUCGCUGGAGACACGCUCCGUCGACUUCACCCUGAAAACCCAGCAGGAGAAAGACCUGAUUGAUGCUUUGCAAGAAGUUCUGGAAAAGCUGAGAAACAAAGAAAUGCCCCUGGAGAAGAAGCUUGGCUGGCUACCCUCGUGUGAUGCAGGGGAGCCAUGCGCCGUGCGUAAAGGCGCACGCAUCGGCACCCUGUGCAGCUGUCCACGGGGGACUGCCUGUAACUUCUACGUCCUCAAAUGCUUGUAAAGGAGAGACAGGAACGCACAGGCGACUGAUGACUUCAGGUCGAUUUUCCCUUUUGCCAUUUUCUUUUUCAUACGUAGCCAUUUUUGUUCCUUCCACCUUCUCUUUCAGCCGUGUCGUACUGAUGUACUGCGACUAUUACGCAAAGGUUUGCUUUUCUUUGUAGCUAGUAUUCAGCGCAUUGUGAAAAUAUCUAUGGCAGUUACAAAUUGUUAAAAAUCUACAGAUAAUUAAUAUCUUUAACUUUUACCCUCUUUCCUUAUAUUUUGAGCCAGAAGACUUUACUGGAAUUUGAACAGCAGAGAAUAAAUUGUCUGGGUCUCCAAUAGCUCUUAUGGUUUAAUACCAAUCCACCAAUUAAUGUUUAAUGCACUAUUAAACAAAUGUGACAUUUUGAUAUCUAUGUUAUUUAUAAAAAGUUAAGUGCUCUUUGGGGCCCCUGUGAAGGCCUAAUCCAUUAAAUCCACUUAUUCCUUGGGUUGGUUCUGGAGAUUAUGACCCUUGAUCACAUCAGUUGGUGCGUAUAUUCACUAUAAUUAAAAUUAAAUGUUCACAUAAAUAGACUAUGAGUAAAUUAGGACAAAUUGUGCAGAAACAGUAAAUCUGUAAAGUUAGGGUAUGAAAGGGCCACAAUUGUGACGUGUACUGGUGAAGUGAUGAAUUUAAGAUACGAUAGCGCUGUUUCUUUUCAUGUGCAUGUUUGAUUUUCAUGUAGAAAAACAGUUAAAUAUGUUUGAAUGUGUAAACAAAUAAAAAAUAAAAAUUC